AUGGCUGCAAAAGUCGCCCUGGUCACAGCCUCGUCGGCCGGCCUGGGCGCCGCCACGGUGAAGGCUCUGGCCCCUUACUUCCGGGUGGUGGUGAACUACCACUCGCGGCGGGAGAAGGCCGACCAGGUGAUCCAGGAGGCGUCGGCGAUCGCGCCCACGGGCUACAGCGCGGGGGCCGAGCCGCGCUUCCACGCCAUCCAGGCCGACAUGUCGCAGCGCGGCGAGAUCGAGCGCCUCGUCCGCGAGACGGUCGCGCACAUGGGCCGCCUGGACGUCGUGGUCAGCAAUGCCGGCUGGACGCGCCUCACCAACUUCUUCGACCUUGAGCAGCAGAUCGUCGAGGACGACUGGGACCGCUGCUUCAACGUCAACGUCAAGAGCCACCUGUGGCUCCUGUACGCCGCGAAGCCCCACCUCGAGAAGACGGCCGAGUCCGAGGGCGUUGGUGGCGCCUUCGUUACCGUCGCCAGCCUCGCCGGCGUCCGCCCCAGCGGCUCCUCCCUGCCCUACUCCGUCACCAAGGCCGCCGAGAUCCACCUCACCAAAGGCCUGGCCAUGAUCUGCGGACCGAAAGUCAGGUGUAACAGCGUCAGUCCGGGACUCAUGAUGACCGAGUGGGGCAACCAAUUCCCCGAGGCAAAGGUCAAGGCCACUGUCGAGAAGUCGGCCUUGAAAUCAACCGCCACCACGGAGGACGUCGCCGACCAGAUCAAGACGCUGGUGCUGAGCAAGUCGAUUACCGGCCAGAAUAUCGUGCUGGAUUGCGGGAUUGCGAUAUGA